AAUGAUGUCUUGUUGGGCUUUGACACAAAGAAACACAGGAGCACGGAGAAAAGGCUCGAGCAUGAUCUGCGCUGAGGACGAAACAGAAGAAAAUUGAUAACAUUUCCUGUCAAUAUUUGACAUAAACGGGACACAUUUAAAGUUGGUUUGAUGUCCUUUUGGAUUAUGGCUUCAAUUAACACAAGUCCUGUGGUGAUAUACUUGGUUUUUUUCCUGCUGGAUUUUUAUUCGGAAACAGUGUCCGGGCAGCUCUCGUACUCGAUAUCAGAAGAGGUGAAUCGAGGGACUUCUGUAGGAAACAUAGCCAAGGAUCUAAACCUAGAUGUCCAGGAGCUGGAGUCUCGCAUGUUUCAGAUCGUUAGCGGAUCAAAGAGAAAAUAUUUCGAGGUAAAUCUAAAGACGGGCGUUCUCUUUGUCAGUGAUAGGAUAGACAGAGAGGAGCUCUGUGGAAAGGCCACGAAAUGCACACAGAGCCUGGAGGCUGUGAUAAAUGCUCCACUUAAGCUAUAUCGCUUAGAAAUAAAUAUUCUAGAUGUUAAUGAUAAUUAUCCAGCUUUCAGUACUGACUCGCAAAGUAUUGAAAUAGCAGAAAUCACAUUACCCGGGACUAAAUUUCUUGUAUUGUCAGCCUUUGAUGCCGAUGUGGGGAAAAAUGGCAUGAGUAUGUACAAAUUAAGUGCAAAUGAACACUUUUCAUUAGCAGUGAAUAAAGGAGAGAGCGUGUCUGCUGAACUAGUCCUCCAGAAACCUUUAGACCGAGAAAAACAACCAGUAAUAAGACUCACGCUGACUGCUGUAGACGGCGGAACACCACCGAAAUCCGGAACCUCACAGUUAAUAAUCAAUGUCUUAGACAAUAAUGAUAACGUCCCAAUAUUUACCAAACCACUGUAUAAAACAAGUGUCACUGAAAACACACCGCCAGGCACAUCAGUGAUAACUGUGACGGCGACGGACAGUGAUGAAGGGCCAAACGGGGAAAUUUCAUAUUCACUAAGCAGCAAGGACCAAGACCAUGUUCUCAAUAUAUUUCAAAUUGAUGAGCACACGGGAUUAUUGACAGUUAAGGGGAAGAUUGACUUUGAAGAGCACCCGGCUUUUGAAAUCCGCGUGCAAGCUUCUGAUAAAGGCUCUCCUCAAAUGACAGCACAGUGCAAAGUAUUAAUAGAAGUAGUGGAUUUAAAUGACAAUAGCCCUGAAAUAUCUGUAACCACCCUCAGUAACACUGUAAAAGAGGAUGCAAAAAUAGGUACUGCUAUUGCACUUGUGUCAGUCGUGGACAGAGAUGGGGGUAAAAACGGAAUAGUCCACUGUGAUAUUAAAAGUGAAAGCCCCUUUAAGUUGCAAACGAAUUAUAAAAAUUACUACUCCUUGGUAGUAGAUGGUCAGCUAGACAGAGAGAGUCAUUCCCAAUAUAAUAUCACUAUCACAGCUACAGACGAUGGAAUCCCAGCUCUCACAAGUACGAAGGAUUUUAAUGUUUAUAUUUCAGAUGUUAAUGACAACCCCCCUAAGUUUUCAGACACUGUGUUCAAUUUGUAUUUAAAAGAAAACAGUCCACUGGGAGCUACUCUGCAACGAGUAUCUGCACUGGAUGUAGAUAUUGAUCAAAAUGGACAGGUAAGCUAUUCCAUUGUUGAGAGUAAAAGUAACUCCUUGCCAAUCUCGACAAUGGUAAAUGUAAACUCUAAGACUGGAGAUAUAAUCAGUCUGCAGUCUUUUAACUAUGAGGAGUUAAAAACUUUCCAGUUUGAAGUUCAGGCCACAGACUCUGGUGUUCCUCCACUCAGCAGCAACGUGACUGUUAACGUUUUAAUCCUGGAUGAAAAUGACAACAGUCCCACGAUUCUCGUGCCAUAUUCUGAGCAUGGCUCCGUUAACAGUGAGAAUAUCCCCUAUUCUGCUGAAGCGGGAUACUUUGUGGCAAAGAUCAGGGCUGUAGACGCAGACUCUGGAUACAAUGCGCUACUCUCUUAUCACCUGUCUGAGCCCAAAGGAAACAACCUGUACAGGAUCGGAACUAGCACCGGGGAGAUCAGGACUAGGAGGAGAAUGAGUGACAAUGACCUCAAAACUCACCCCUUGGUGGUCUUGGUCUCUGAUAACGGAGAACCCUCCCUGUCAGCUACUGUGUCGAUUGAUGUGGUGGUGGUUGAAAGCACAGCUGAAAUCCAGACUCAGUUCAGACAUGUGCCUGUAAAGGAGGACAGCUUCUCGGAUUUGAACCUGUAUCUGCUGAUCGCCAUUGUGUCGGUGUCCGUCAUUUUUCUGCUCAGCCUCAUCACUUUAAUAGCAGUCAGAUGCCACAGGACAGACGGCACUUUCAGCAGGUACAGCGCCCCCAUGAUCACCACCCACCCUGACGGGAGCUGGUCUUACUCUAAAGCUACUCAGCAGUAUGACGUGUGUUUCAGCUCAGACACGCUCAAGAGCGACGUAGUGGUCUUCCCCGCCUCGUUUCCACCUGUAGACGGAGAACUGAUCAGUAUUAAUGGAGGAGACACUUUUACCAGGACUCAGACUUUACCUAACAAAGAAAAGGCCAGUGAUAAAGGCCAACCUCCGAUGUCCGCUCAUUGUAAGGUGCUGGUUGAAGUGUUGGACCUAAACGACAAUGCGCCUGAGAUUUUUGUGACGUCACUACUGAAUACUGUGAAGGAGGAUGCAAAAGCAGGCACCGCUGUUGCACUUGUUUCGGUGGUAGACAAAGAUGGCGACCGAGAGAUGGUCUCUAGCUACGACGUCACCAUAAUAGCAAGCGAUGGCGGUAGUCCCCCGCUCUCUAGCACCAGUAUUAUCCCUAUUCAAGUUUCUGAUGUUAAUGAUAACGCGCCUCAGUUCUCAUCACCGAUAAUUAACAUUUAUGUUAAAGAAAACUGCCACGUGGGGACAAUUCUCAAAACGGUAACCGCCUUUGAUGCAGAUAUGAACAAAAAUGGUGAAGUGACUUACAGUUUUUUGGAAAGCAAAAUUAACUCAGUCGCACUGUCUACAUUAUUAAACAUCAACUCAGAGACUGGAGAUAUAAUCAGCCUGCAGUCUUUUAACUAUGAGGAGUUAAAAACGUUCCAGUUUAAAGUUCAGGCCACAGACUCUGGUGUUCCUCCGCUCAGCAGUAACGUGACUGUCAACAUUUUAAUCCUGGAUGAAAAUGACAACAGUCCCACGAUUCUCGCGCCAUAUUCUCAGCACGGCUCCGUUAACAGUGAGAGCAUCCCCUAUUCUGCUGAAGCGGGAUACUUUGUGGCAAAGAUCAGGGCUGUAGACGCAGACUCUGGAUACAAUGCGCUGCUUUCUUAUCACCUGUCUGAGCCCAAAGGAAACAACCUGUUCAGGAUCGGAACCAGCACCGGGGAGAUCAGGACUAAGAGGAGAUUGAGUGACAAUGACCUUAAAACUCAUCCCUUGGUGGUCUUGGUCUCUGAUAACGGAGAACCCUCCCUGUCAGCUACUGUGUCGAUUGAUGUGGUGGUGGUUGAAAGCACGGCUGAAAUCCAGACUCAGCUCAGACAUGUGCCUGUAAAGGAGGACAGCUUCUCGGAUUUGAACCUGUAUCUGCUGAUCGCCAUUGUGUCGGUGUCCGUCAUCUUUCUGCUCAGCCUCAUCACUUUAAUAGCAGUCAGAUGCCAUAGGACAGACGGCACUUUCAGCAGGUACAGCGCCCCCAUGAUCACCACCCACCCUGACGGGAGCUGGUCUUACUCUAAAGCUACUCAGCAGUAUGACGUGUGUUUCAGCUCAGACACGCUCAAGAGUGACGUGGUAGUUUUCCCCGCCCCGUUUCCACCUGUAGAUGCAGAACUGAUCAGCAUUAACGGAGGAGACACUUUUACCAGGACUCAGACUUUACCUAACAAAGAAAAGCGUAAAGGCAGUAGGACUGGCAUCUAA